AGAACUAAGUAUGACAUGCCCCACCUCCAUUCCCUAGUUCAUGGCCUGGAGCCAGACCCUGUUAACUGUACAUGGCCACAAAUCAAAUUCAGUCUUCCUGAGGUCAUAGUGCCUCUUGGAGAGAAGAAUGCCUCUUUCCAAGUGACUUCUCAAAAUGUUGGACAAGUGACUGUUUAUCUACAUGGAAAUCAUUCCAACCAGACCUGCCCCAGGAUUCGGUUCUUGGUGAUACACAGCAAAAUCAUUAGCAUCAUAAACCAGGUGAUUGGCUGGAUCUACUUCAUGGCCUGGUCCGUCUCCUUCUACCCACAGGUGAUCCAGAACUGGAGGCGGAAAAGUGUCGUUGGUCUCAGCUUUGACUUCCUAGCCCUGAACUUGACAGGCUUCGUGGCCUACAGCGUUUUCAACAUUGGUCUUUUGUGGGUGCCCUGCAUCCAGGAGCAGUUUCUCCUCAAAUACCCCAACGGUGUGAACCCUGUCAACAGCAAUGACGUCUUCUUCAGCCUGCAUGCAGUUUUCCUCACCCUAAUUGUCAUCCUGCAGUGCUGCCUGUAUGAGGUAAGCGAUGAGGUCUGGUGACCUGGCCUGCCACUGAUGUCCCCCACCCCACUCUACCCACAUGACCUAAAGGGAUGGUGACAUGAUGGCCCCCAGCCUUCUGUGGCUGAGUGGAUUGGGGUGGACUUUCCUAUCCUGUCCCUGGCUUAACUGAGGGAGUAUAUCAGGAAAAUAGUGUUUUCAUGGGCCAAGGUUGAGUGAGGUUUUUGGUAAAGGGGAAGGCAAGGUCAUUCACCAUGGCGUGAGGGAGGCUGUGAGGUGAUGGGAAUGGCCAGGGUGAGUGUUGCCUGUGGGGAGCCAACUCCUGGGAGGUCAGGAGGAACCAGGAUUUGGCUCUGUUGCUGAAAAGCUACCUGGGGUCUCAGCCUUGGACAAGGCAUGUGUUAAAAAAUCCCAGUGUUAGCGGGUGGUGGUGGCAGCGCACCCACCUUUAAUC